AUGGAGCUCAUAAAUCUCCCCACAGAACUCAUCCUCAUCAUCGCCAACUCAGUUGAGAACCACCGGGAGCUUCCAGCCCUCGCCAGCACGUGUCGGUUCCUCUACGAGGUCGCCAACCCGAUCUUAUAUGCCCACAAUGCCAAGUACGAAGGCAGCUUUGCUCUGCCUUGGGCUACCAAGAUGGGUAUCAUGGAGACUGUCAAGUUGUGCAUCGAACAUGGUGCCAACUUGAACGCCCAUGAUGGAGACCGCCGAACAGCGUUGAUCCACGCUGCCGACAAUGAGGACACCGAACUGGCCGAGCUGCUGCUCGAUAUCCCGACCACCUAUAUCAGCGCGUGUGAUAUAGAUGGCAAUAGCGCAACCUUCCUGGCAGCGAGAAACGACGAUGCCGAAAUGCUUGACUUGUUGCUUCACCGAUGCUGA